AUGCCCAAGAGCAACGUUCCACCACGACCUGAUGAUCCAUCGUACAACCAUCAAUUCGCCACCGUGAAUGGCAUCCGCAUGCACUACGUCGAUGUCGGUCCUCGAGGUAUGUCACCUCCGUCUCCCAUAGCUCACCGACCCGUAGAUGGAUUGAUUUUGGUCUUGGUUCACGGUGGCCCGACCUGUGGUAUGGACGGCGGGUACGAACGCCGUCCACUCUACAACCCAGACAACUGUGGCUUUGGGGACACGGAAUCCCCGCUUUCACCCGCGUCGUACAGCCGCAAGAACAUCGCCACCGACUACGCUUGUUUCCUCGACCACUUAGCGAUCGACCGAGUCGUGUUCAUCGGCCGGCCACGACUGGGGCGGCGUCGUGGUGUGGCGCAUGUGUCAGUUCUUCCCCCACCGCCUCCUGCCGUCACUAAAGUACCAGCAUCUGUCCUUGAUGAGGACGUGGCCGACAUGCUCCGCGUCCACAUCCUCCCAUUUUUUCGCUUAAUGUUUGGCACCCCCAUCGUACGAGACUACGGGUCGUUGUACGACAACAUGAAGCACCUGCCGACGCUCGAGUUUACGGCGGCAUCAUCAUCAUCAUACCCAUAGAUGGACUGGGUGACCGUGGAAGCCCACGACGAAGUGAACCAAUUGAUCUUGGCCUGGCUCGCCAACGUUGUCCUACCUCGAUCAUCU